AUGCCGGCAAGACUGGUUCAAAACAGUGCUACUUCUCCAAGGUACAUGCACAAUCAGAAAAGUGCAGCAUAA